UCCUCUUUGUUCCAAGAUACAUGACCUGGGCUGAGGCUCAAAGAAACUGUCAGAAUCGUGGAGGACAGCUUGCAUCUGUGUAUAGUGCCAGUCAAGCUAACGAGAUUCAAAAGGAGGUGCAGCAUGCUGGACGUGGCUAUGGACAGUUUUGGGUUGGAGGCCAUAAUACUCCAGCGGAUCCUUCCUGGUCCUGGAGUGAUUAUAUGGGUGUGUCUGCUUUUGCUGAGUUUUGCAGAGGAGAGGAAGCUAAACAUAAGCACCACUGUUUGCAGAUAACUUUUGGUGAAGGAAAGGCAGGAUGCUUGGAUGACAUGAAGUGUGUGACUAAGCUCCCAUCUAUCUGUGGUAGCCUUAUCAUGUGAUCUCAUCACUAAUGCAAAUGUACACUUCAUCAGUAAAAACACUGACGUGUUUUUCAGCUAUUGAGUCUUUCUUGGUAUUUCUGUUCUGUUGCUACAGCAUAAGGGAUCAUACGACACAUACAAUAAACUGCAGAAGGAUUUUAUGUUUGGAAAGUCUUUAAAAAUAAAAGAAUGCUUUCACACA